AAGGGUCGCUAGAUUUGAAUAAUAAGAAAAAUUAUUACAACUUUUACCAAAUCCCUUAGUAAUUUUUUUUCCGAGUGGAAUUCAGGACGAAAUUCAAUCUCCUGCAACGAGGACGACCUGCCACCUGGGCGACACACUUCAUUCGAUUGUCGAGCUUGUCGGUGGCUUAGAUUGAUGCCCGACGGCUUGUCGAAAACUCUGCGAAUCGAUUUCCACAUCGUCCGUAUCGAGAGCCAGUGAAAAUGACGCUUCUUUCGGUGGGAGCCUCGGCCCCAGAAUUCUAUAAUCACCGGCCGGCGAAGCGGAUCGGCUGGCGGCGAUUGGCGGCCCUACUGCCGCAGUCCAUAGUAGUGCCACUAAAUGGGGCACGAACCCCCAGUUCUCAUCUGGACAUGAGAGCCCUAAACCUCGUGCAGCGACGUCUUCAGGAUGACUUCAUGGGCUGUGAGGCAUUGUGGACGAUAUUCGUGGCCGCCGCCUGGAGCUAUCGCUACCGGACGCGACUGAGACCACUGCCCAGCCACUGGGGGGGAUCCAUCGAAGUGCUGUGCAGCACCCUGGGGCAUGUCCCCCGGCUGGAGGUGCUGCAGCAGCAGCUCAUGCACUGCGACUACCGGGCCUGCUCCCCCAAUGUGGUGCGUCUGCUAACGGACAUCUUGGUGGAUCAGGCCGAUCGCGUGUCCCUCAGCUCCCUGCGACCCAGUGAGUUUGCCGAACUGUAUGCCCAUCUGGGGAUGCCCGCCCCCCAGCGACCGCCCACCCAGAUCUUCGAGGUGCGAACGGGCAGGGAGAACCGAAGGGGUGAGGCCUAUUCCCGUUUGCGGCAGGCGAACAAGGAGUCCGUUCGCCUCGGUUUCUACGGCUGCAAGCUGGAGAAGCUGUAUGCCCUGCUGAACCACAAUCCUCUAGGGGAUCGAAAGUGUCUGGAACUGACCAGCGAUGUCAAUGAAGCUCUGGCCAGGAGUAAGCCUCAAGCUGGUCUGGGUGGCUCCCGAUGCGGUUCGAUUCUCCGCUGUGUGGCCGUGGUUGAGUUCGUUUUCCAGGACAACGAAACCAGCGCCGAUAAAAGGCAUGUAGUCAUCGAAAAGGAGGAAACCAUGCAGGUGUCCUAUAUACUGCUCUAUGGGCAGAGCUGUGUGGAACAUGCGGCCGAGCGGCAAAUGCAACUAAUGGCUCAGCCGUGCAGGAAACUGCUGUGCUGGUUGGAGAGCCACCAGGAUGAAGCCAUAUCCCUGGGCGUUGGUCUGCUGAUCGUCUCCUCGAUGGCUCAUUUCGGCUGCAGUUUCUUUCGACUUUUCGCCCGCACUGGCUUGCACGUUCUCAAGCGUGGACUGCUGUGAAAAUUGAUAAUCGUAAACUUUUAUUUUACCCACUGGCAUAUCCUGUGACCUUGAACUCCCGCAGCGUUUUGUGGCAGACUUCAGUGUGAUUCCCCCACUGAAGACUGCAACAAAACUCCUCGGGGGCAGUGACAGGCAUCAAGUGAUGUGCGAAAUGAAAUCGAUGUGUGUCCUUUACUCUC